GUGCCAACGUGCUUGUGCAUUUACGCUGCUACAGUGCUGGCGGAGUCAGUUGCGCGACGGCGAUCGCUCCGACUGGUUGUGAGCUAGUAACUCCGCAGUACUUUAAUUAUCCAUAUGAAACGAAUACGAAAAGAUAUUUGUGCCUAUAAAAUUAGUUCGCGUUCGUGGAUUGCGAAUUGAGUACGGCGAGGGACGACGCGAUCGCAGCUUCAGUUCAACGGCAUUCACAAAGGCAGGCGAAUCGCGAACCAAAGCUGUCAACGUCGACAUUUACGCGUCGCUGGAAUAGUUUGUGGUUCUGUGUUGUUUAGUAAUCGCAGCUAAUAAGCUAUCUCGUUGACAUAUUUGCGGAUUUCAUAAUUGAAUAGAUCGAGUGGGGGUGUGUGCUUUGUUUACUACGUCUAUUUUUGUCAUUUACUAAUCCAUGAAGUGAAAGUGAAUUGGUUGAGCUCAAGUGCCGAGUAGUGUAUUUAUUAACGAAUUCAGAUGCACCACAGAUCCGCGAUUCGAGACACACUGCGCCUCUCUUGUCUAGUGGCAGUUGUUGUUCUAGUGAUAUUUAUUGUAAAUGUGCCAUCAGCCCACAGUGCACCGCUAGCUAGCUCAUUGCGUGACGUCUGCGGUCACACGCUACGCAGACCAAGCGGUUUUUUCGAUUCGACUUUCCUGAAACGUUUCUUCAAACACUGGAUACCAUUCACCAGUGCCAUGCGCGUCAAAAUGCAAUUCUAUUUAUAUAAAAGAGAUUUUGCAGAGUGUGGACGUGAGAUAAUAACAGACGAUGGCAGCAGCUUGGAAAUGUCUGAAUUUAAUCCAGAGCAUCCAACCAGAAUAAUCAUACAUGGUUGGAUGAGUCAGAGCAAAGGCGCCUUGAAUCGUGCCGUCAAAAAUGCGUAUCUAAGUCUAGUCAAACGCGAGCCACAGUCAAACGUUUCCAGCGAAGGUGCCACCGAAGAUGCCACCGUCGCCACCAGUUCACCAAUCAACAGUGUCUACGUAAAUAACAUUGGCGAUGGUAAUCGUAGUGAUCUCAAUGGCACUGUAAUGCCGAGCGACUAUAAUAUAAUCGUCUGUGAUUGGAGUAUUAUUUCGUCGAAUGUGAAUUAUUACAGUGUCGUCGAAAUGGUUGAGGAUUUAGGUCGAUUACUUGCCGAUUUGGUUGGUUUUCUGCACCUGCGCACCGGCCUCAAUUAUAAUGACGUCUAUUUGAUUGGUCACUCGUUGGGCGCACAAAUCGCCGGUAGCGCUGGCAAGCAAGCACAUCCCUACCGCUUUAACACGAUCUAUGCGCUCGAUCCGGCCGGUCCGAAGUUUCGCGACGUCAGCGAUGAGUUUCGCGUCGAUCCAAGCGAUGCUGAGUACGUCGAAUCUAUACAGACUAGCAGCAGUUUGGGUUUCGAAGAACCAGUCGGUCAUGCCACCUUCUAUCCGAAUUAUGGACGUGACCAGAAGAAGUGCUAUUUUUAUGGUUGCUCUCAUCGGCGGGCUUACCACUAUUUUGCCGAAUCGAUUACCAGCAAAUUGGGAUUUUGGGGUACACUCUGUCGCCGUGAAUCGGAUGAUGUUUGGAUAUUCUCCGAGACGGGUGUGGAAUUUCGUAUGGGUGGCGAGCCCUCUACGCCAAAGAGGGGCACAUUCUAUGUUAAAACAGCAGCUAAGCCGCCAUAUGCACUGGGUCCAAAUAUACAACCGCAACGAUUGGUCACAGCUGCCAUAGAUAACGAAACAAAUGAAACAUUCGAAGACGAAAAGAAUGCGAUCAGCGAGUAUGAAUUUGUAUAGUUUUUAAGUGUAGAGUU